AUGGCGAACCGCACAGUGAAGGAUGCCCACAGCAUUCACGGCACCAACUGGCAGUAUCUGGUGGAAAAGAUCAUUCAGACUCGAAUCUAUGAGUCCAAGUACUGGAAAGAGGAGUGCUUUGGACUUACAGCUGAACUUGUAGUUGAUAAAGCCAUGGAGUUAAGGUUUGUCGGUGGCAUCUAUGGUGGCAACAUAAAGCCAACUCCCUUUCUGUGUUUGACCUUGAAGAUGCUUCAGAUCCAACCAGAGAAGGAUAUCAUUGUUGAGUUUAUAAAAAAAAAUGAAGCUUUCAUGUAUGUACGCAUGUUGGGAGCACUUUAUAUGAGGCUGACAGGCACUGCAAUUGAUUGCUACAAAUGCUUGGAGCCUCUGUACAAUGAUUAUAGAAAAAUUAAGAGACAGAACCAAAAUGGAGAGUUUGAACUGAUGCACGUAGAUGAGUUCAUUGAUGAACUAUUACACAGUGAGAGAGUCUGUGAUAUCAUUCAGCCCCGGCUACAGGAACACUAUGUGCUAGAGGAAUUGGAGCCUCGGGUUAGCGCUCUAGAAGAGGACGUGGAUGAUGUCGAGUCCAGUGAAGAAGAGGAAGAAGAGGAUGAGAAGUUGGAGAGAGUACCAUCACCUGAUCACCGCUGGAGAAGCUACCGAGACUUGGACAAACCCCGUCGCUCUCCCACACUGCGCUACAGGAGAAGUAGGCAGAGUCGGUCUCCAAAAAGGAGGAGCCCUUCCCUUUACAGAAAGAGGCAUCGGAUCAAGAGUCCAAGAUGUCACCGCAGCAGGUCCCGAGAUAGACGGCACAGAUCCCGCUCCAAGUCCCCAGGUCAUCACUGUAGUCAUAGACACAGGAGCCACUCAAAAUCUCCUGAAAGAUCUAAGAAAAGCCACAAGAAGAGCCAGAGAGGAAAUGAGUAA